UGCAGGACUGCAGACAUUCACAGCAAGCUGGACCAGCAAUGGCUCUGCUGAAGGUUCUGCUGCUGCUGGGACUGGGUGCAUCAGUGAACUCAGAUGUUUCUCUGCAGAAGAGAAUCAUUGGAGGUCAAAACUGCCAUGACACGGAGCGUCUUUAUCACGUUCGGCUGGAGAGCAGCAAGGGUAAUAAAGUGGACCGCUGUGGAGGAUCUCUGAUCCACCCUCAGUGGAUCCUGACUGCAGCUCACUGCUGGAAGUCAGAGCCAGGAUGGACUAACAGAGCAGUGUUAAAAGUUCAUCCACGGACUGUUAUACAGUACAAUCCGGUAAUCCGACAAGCUCCUGUGAUUUACGACCCGGGCCAUGACAUCAUGUUGCUGAAGCUUGAGACACCAGUAACAGAUGUUCCAGUUGCUCGGCUACCAGACUGCAUUUAUCGUCUUAAAAAAGACGAUGUUGUUCAGCUGGCAGGAGAGGGAGCAACAACAACCAACUACCGUAGAGAGCGAUUGAGAAUUUCUGCUAUUCCAGCACAUCUUCAAUGUGUCGACAUGAAAGUUGUUGGUGUUUCCAUUGUCCGGCCGAAAUAUGGGCGUGUAUUCAGUGCUCAAGCACUGAACCAGGAUAUGUGCUUUGGCGACGCUGGUGGAGCAGUGGUGUACAACGACAUGAUUUAUGGUGUGAUUUCUUUUGUUACAAACAACUUCGCAUUUCGGAAACCAAGUUAUUUAAUAGAUGUGUGUGCAUACCUGGGGUGGAUAAAAGAAAAAACUGGGAUACAAUAAAACAAACUGUCAUGAAA